AUGGCCGGCCCAUUCGCUUUGCCCUUCUGCUCCACCACAUCCCAUGCUUCCCCAGCAACAACAACGACCGCCGCGACCUUCUUCUCCUUCACCGAGCUUUCAGCUGGGGAAGCCUUCUUCUUGAGCCUGACAUUCACCAUGUUCCUCGGCGUGCUAUGUUUCGCCGCGUACGUGGUCAUGUACGGCGUGGAAGUCCGACAUAGUCAUACCCACCACCUUUCGCUCGGGGAUCUGGAAGCAGGUCUUAUCUACUCCCAGCCGUGGCUUUAUGGACCGCCGCCUGCUUAUGAUGAGGAGGCUUGGGGUGAUUUGACGUUGCCGGUCUAUGUUGGAAUGCAGGCUUCGCCGCCGGCUUACGAGAUGAUUUGUCUUGAUGAAACUAAUGAGGCGGUGGAGACGGAUGCUCUGCUUGGGUAG